AUGGAUGACGUUCUCGAUUGGCUGCUUGAAAUGUACGCUUUUUGGCUUGAAAAUGUAGAUUGGUAUAUGAAAUGCCGCUCCGAGGUAAUGAUGAAGCGAAAUUAUUUGAUUACUCGAGAUUCAGAAAGUCGUCUUGGCUCAGAGAGAAAUGAUGAUGAGGAUAUUAAAUCAUCAUUCUUUAAAGGGGUUAACUGGGAAGAUAUGUUUUAUAAGAAAGUUCUACCUCCAUUUUACCCGUUAAUUGUAAAUUUAAAAUUUGAUCAGAUACAUAUUGGUCGUGAUAUAAAAACUAAUUUAAAUUAUUAA